AUGCCCUAUCGCCAGCCUCGUUUAUCUGGGCGAUGCGUCCGACGCGUCUUCGCCCGGUCCUUAUCAAAGUUCUUAUCAAAGUUCUUGCGCAUCGUCCCAUACAUUAUCUAUCGCAUAUACGAUUACCUCUGGCUUCGUUUGAACGUUGACCGCACUUGCAUCAUUUAUCUCGCGGUCCGCCUUCUCAGCAUCUUGCCCAUCUUCUUCUAUCGGAUACACGCCGACGCCGCGCGCAUGGCUCGCCACGCACGCGGAGUCGACUUCUUCGGUCGCGACCUCGGCGAAGUGGUGCGCAAAAACAUGAUUGCCAGCCGCUUCUUGCCAGUUUCCUUGGCCAUCCGCGCCCUGGGCGUGGUCAUGACGGGCAGUAUUGGCAAUAGUGUGCAUCGCGUGCUGCUCGACAUGGACUUGUUUCAGUAUUCACUGCUUAGCCAGCGCGAGCGCUUCGCGGCGACGUACGAGACCUUCUUCCUGCCGAGCGCCAUGUGCCUCGCAGUCUUGUACGCUGACAGCAACAAGUUGAUGCGACUGUUAAUUCCGAGGAUGUACGAUCUGUUCACAAGAUUUUACCUGCGAUUGCUGAGGGAACCCGAGGCACUGUUCAAGAACCCAAUGCCACCCAGAAUUCUUAAGAUAGGAACCAGAAAUUUUCAGCAAAGGAGACUUGCUCUACGAAACAGAAAUAUUCCAGAUCAAUGA